CAACGCUGCGCAUCGCUCCUUGUCCAAAAUGAUGGCCACCAGCCGGGUGCCCUGGAUUCUUCCGUGGUGCCUAUCACUAAUAUGGAUAGCGUGCCUUGUUUCGGUCGCCAAUGCAUACACGGCCUUAUCCGAUGACACACUCAAAGCCCUACCACGCCCCGGCAACGAUUUCGAUGUCCACAAGGGGGCGCUCCUUGCACCAAUCCUUCGGCCGCGUGUUCCUGGCUCACCUGGCUCGCGAGCCGUCCUUGAACACUUUGUCAAGUUCUUCCAAACCACUCUGCCGGACUGGAAAAUCGAAUUCCAGAAUUCCACGUCGAAGACGCCGGCGACGGGAGACAAAGAGAUCCCAUUCGUUAAUCUGAUUGCCUCUCGAGAUCCUCCAAACACCCAGCCCGGGAAUGUGGGUAGAUUGACUCUUGUAGCACACUAUGACAGCAAACUUGAGCCAGAAGGCUUUAUCGGGGCUACAGACAGCGCCGCUCCCUGUGCGAUGAUAUUACACGCGAUACGCAGCAUUGAUGCCGCCUUGACGAAGAAAUGGGAGGCUAUGAAAGACGAUCCAGUCCAUGAGCUAGGCUUGGACGAGUACCAGGGUAUCCAGAUAUUUCUUCUUGACGGGGAAGAGGCUUUCGUCCAGUGGACAGAGGAGGACUCACUCUACGGCGCCCGAUCCCUUGCCGAACACAUGGAAAACACGGUGUAUCCCGCUCUGUCAACUUAUAAAAGCCCUCUAGGUGCUAUAAAAUUAUUCGUGUUACUUGAUUUACUCGGAGAACAAAAUCCAAACAUCCCUUCUUACUAUAAAACGACUCAUUGGGCUUACCAACAUAUGGCGGUUUUGGAAUCGCGGCUCCGGAGCCUCAAUCUUUUCAAGUCCUCGAAACAAGCCCAAAAGGAUGGGAGCAAGAAGAAACCUGAGACCGAAAAGCCUUGGCUCUCUGAUGCCCUGAAGGGCGAUAACGAGGUUUUCCCUCCGUUUGGUAUCGGCGAUGAUCAUGUUCCUUUCAUGAAACGUGGUGUUGAUAUUCUCCACAUCAUUCCGUCUCCAUUCCCGCGUGUGUGGCAUCGGGCAGAAGAUAAUGCGGAUCAUCUACACCUAGACACAGUGGAGGAUUGGAGCACUAUUAUUACAGCAUUCGCUGCCGAAUGGCUUGACCUGGAGGGAUAUUUUGAUAAGGAGGCAAGGACAUCAAAAUGGAAGGGAGAGAAAAGGAAAACAGAGUUGUAA